AUGUCGCUUCAGAGGCACGGCCAGUCCAGCUCGGGGAGUUCCAAACCUGUGGGUGUCACCGAAUUUGAGAUCCUCAAAGCAUCACACAAGUUUUUGAGAGAGGGAGACGAGACCGCGUCAUCAUGGGAUGAGAAGCUUGCAGCGAAAUACUAUGCUAGCCUAUACCGCGAGUUCGCAGUCUGCGACCUAAAGCACUACAAGUCAGGCAACUUCGCCCUGCGCUGGAGAACGGAGGAAGAGGUCCUGUCAGGAGCUGGGGAGGAGACCUGCGGAAACACACGAUGCGAGCUUCACUUCGCCUCGCACCUCCGAAACGUGCAGCCAAAACCGAUACUGACGACACUGGAGCUUCCGUUCGUGUACGUGGAACACGGAGAGACCAAGUCGGCAUUGGUCAAGGUCGUUCUGUGCGGGAAAUGUCUGAAGAAGCUGAUGUGGAAGAGACAGAAGGAGAAAGGAAGAGAGGUGGAUGGUAUACCAGAACACGAGGUUGAAACGCGGACAUCGAAGGUUGAGGGGGAGGAGGGAUCGAAAUCGAGAACACACAGGCGUGACGAGGAAGAACGGGAAGACAGACGGGAAAGACAUCGCCGGCGAAAGCGGUCAAGAGACCGAGAAACCGAAGAGGAAGGACGAUCGUCCCGAAGGCGGAGAAGCAGUCAGUCGCGGUCACCUCGUCGUUCUAGCAAAGAGGAUCCCCAUGCGGUCACCUCGUCUCGAAGAGAGGGCGCUCGAACUUGA